AUGUGCAUUUACCAGCUUGGACCAUAUUAUGACCAACCAUCCAAAAGACUUUACUCUCAAGAUGAUGAAGAUGAAGAGGAAAUAGAAACUGCAGUCAAGGCCUGGCCAAGCCAGAGCAGCAUCUCCAGCGCAGAUGAUGGGCUUAAUCAGCGGCCCAGCUCUUCAGCCAGCCAGACUAGUACUGUAGUGAAUGAGAGGUUGCAGGAGCUGGUGAAGUUGUUUAAAGAAAGAACAGAACGUGUCAAGGAGAAACUAAUUGAUCCAGAUGACUCAGAUGAUGAGACACCACCUGCUUCUCCAGCUAAGCAAGCUCCAGCUCCCCCUGCUCCUCCUGCUCCUGAGCCUCCAGCGGAGCCGAAAACAGAACAGGAGGUGACUGAAGCACCUGCUGAGAAAGAAGAGGAAAAAACUGAAGCACUGUGCUGUAAACUCAAACCUCAGUCCAGGCUUGGUCGACUUCUGCGGUACCGUUUCCCAGCCAGCAUCGACCCCUUCACUAAUCUGAUCUACGUGCUUUGGCUGUUUUGCGUGUCUUUGGCAUUUAACUGGAACGCGUGGAUGAUUCCUGUGCGUUCGGCGUUCCCUUAUCAAACACCGGAUAACAUCCAUGUGUGGCUGUUAAUUGACUACCUAUGUGACACCAUCUACAUUCUGGACAUUCUGGCCUUUCAACCCAGAUUGCAGUUUGUGCAACAUGGGGACAUUGUGAGCGACAAGAAGGAGAUGAGAGAUAAUUACAUCAAAGCCGUUCGGUUCAAGCUGGACUUGCUCAGUCUCCUUCCUCUGGAGCUUCUCUACUUCAAAACGGGAAUUAAUCCACUCCUCCGCUUACCAAGGAUUAUGAAGUUUAUGUCUUUCUUUGAGUUCAAUAAACGUCUGGAAGCUAUCCUGACCAACGCUUACGUUUACAGAGUCGUUCGAACCACCACUUAUCUACUUUAUGCCGUCCACUGUAAUGCUUGUCUAUACUACUGGGGCUCAUCUUAUGAAGGUCUGGGUGUUUCUGAAUGGACUUAUGAUGGGAAUGGCAAUAGCUAUAUCCGCUGUUACUACUUUGCCGUAAAGACUUUGCUCACCAUCGGAAACCUGCCGGGACCCACCACACUUUUCGAGAUUGUAUUUCAGCUCAUCAAUUACUUCACUGGAGUGUUUGUCUUCUCCAUCAUGAUUGGUCAGAUGAGAGAUGUUGUGGGUGCAGCCACGGCCGCUCAGACAAACUAUCGUGCGUGUGUGGAUAACACGGUUAAGUACAUGGCCUCCUACCGCAUUCCUAAAGAUGUGCAGAACAGAGUAAAAACAUGGUAUAGCUACACGUGGCAGUCCCAAGGCAUGCUGGAUGAACAAGAGUUACUAGUACAGUUACCUGAUAAGAUGAGAUUGGACAUUGCUGUGGAUGUGAACUAUUCCAUUAUCAGUAAAGUGCCACUCUUCCAGGGUUGCGAUAGACAGAUGAUCUUUGAUAUGCUGAAAAGGCUCAGAUCUGUGGUGUACCUUCCAGGAGAUUACAUCUGCAAAAAGGAUGAAGUGGGCCGUGAAAUGUACAUCAUUAAAGCCGGGGAAGUCCAGGUAGUUGGCGGUCCAGAUGGUAAGACGGUGUUUGUGACCCUGAAAGCCGGAGCUGUGUUUGGAGAGGUCAGCUUGCUUGCCAUUGGAGGAGUAAAUCGACGUACAGCUAAUGUGGUAGCACGUGGUUUUGCUAACCUCUUCAUCUUGACCAAGAAGGACCUGAAUGAGAUCAUGGUGCACUAUCCAGAGUCCCAGAAACUGCUCCGCAAGAAAGCAAGGAAAAUGGUGACUAAAGAUAAGAAGCCAGCUGAGAAGAAAGAAGAGAAGGAGCCCAUCCCAAUUAUUCCUCAUCGUGCCGAGACACCCAAACUGUUAAAAGCAGCAUUGGAGAUGACUGAAAAAUCAGGAAUAAAAGGAACAUGGUCCAAAUUGAAGGAAAAGACCAAUAGAUCAAGUGUCUCCUUGCAGCACUCGAUCUCUUCAUCUGUGAUGCCCAACUCGCCCGUCCAUGAGCCGAACUCAGAGCAGGAAGCUGAUGCCAUGUCUCAAAUGUCAGACAGCUCAAUGCAAAUCCCCAUGACCCCCACCGGCUCCGGAGAUGGGAACGUAUUUGCCGAAGACGACGGCCCAACAGAGGUGGAAACAAAAUGUCCUCCGAUAGAAACAGUGAUCAAAUAAGAGUCUUAGAUGUUGUCACAUUUAAAAAGCCUGCUUAAAUAGCUUCUACACUAACAGUAAUGUACAAAAUUGAACUUUAUAUGUAAUGUAAUGUAAAUAUAAAGAAAGCAUAUAAUUUUCUGUUAACAUAAGAGGUCCAUCCCAGGUAUCUGAAUGCCAGUUGCCAGCGACUUUGUUGCUGGUCAGUCACUCCCGAAAGUCGCUCAUCAUUUGCAUAAUGUUCAACUUUUCUUAAAUUUGGGUGCAUCUCCUUUUUUAAUGGUGCAUCCUCAUUUCCUUUUCUCGCAUCUUAGCUCACUGGAAUAAAUUAGAUGGGGCCGUUGCCAGUCGCUGGCUGUGUGCACGCAGCUUUAGUUUAACAAAUACCAUACUGCAAUAAAAACAUAGUUCACUGAUACUGUAAUUCUUCUUCUGAUAAAAAUAAUGUAUUUAAAAGGGCUGUUGUGUACUGUUAACAUAGAGCAGAUAUCUUCAGGUUUAUCUUCAGUGCCUUAAUAAACCCUAAACACUGUCAUGCAUCAUACACACCCUUAGAACUGUGCAAGCUUAUCGCUUGAUAGGUUCACCGCUCAUCAUUAUGGUUGACUGCCAACAUUAAAGCAGUUUUGUAGCAUUUUUUGACUCUAGUCUAACUGAAUAUCAUUUAUUUUGUCCUGGAAACCGCUGUGGUGAAUAUUUUCAGUUGUUUCUUUGUUUCUUUAAAGGAUAUGAAUAAUUCUGUAAUACUCCCAAUUUUUGUAACCAAUUUAUAAGGUGGUUAAUAUAAAUAACUUUUUCAAAGAAAGAACAUAUGGAUAGCAGGUUUGAAAAUAAAUAAGGCCUUUUUAUUUAAACAUUUUCUGUUUUUAUUUUGCGUUCUUGUUUUAGGCCUGAAUCUAGACCUAAAUUGUAGAAACAUAUAGUGCAGAGCAAUGUAUAGCUCUUUUCUUUUUUCAUGAUGGACAAUCAUUUGUAUAGUAUAUGUGAAGCUACAACUAGAUAUUAUGUAAAACAUUUUGGAGUAAUAUUAAUAUAUUUGUACAUUUUGUUUAGUGCUGGGCAAAGAUUAAUCGCAUACAAAAUACAAAUAAUUUUUUGCACAAUUUAUCAGUGUGUGCUGUCUGUAAUUAUUAUGUUGAUAUAAAUACACAUACAUUCAUGUAUGUAUUUAAGAAGCAUUUACAUGUGUAUAUAUAUAUAUUUA